CGAGAGCGCAUGCGCAACAUCCCACUGACAGCUGCGCGAGAGCUGAAACACUUGGCGCCGGCGCGAGACAGAUCUGACCUCUCCUGCAGAAGACUACAGAAACAAACAUGACCAGAACAAGUGGACCCCGUCAAGCCAGACAUGAGAACGGAAACACACGCCGGAUAGCAACAAUAAAGAAACAGAGCAACAGAAGAAAAACCUUGAUAACAAAGUUCAAUAGCACCACUCAGGAUGUGCGGAGACAGAAUGAUGUGCACAGAACGGACGCAAUUGUGGAGAUUUCUGAUUCCUCUGAUCAAUCUUUAGAUGUUCGUCCUUCUCCGCUGCCAACGCUCAGUUGGGGCAGCUCAGAAGACGUCUGGGUGAAGAUGCUGAGCAAAGAGAUGAAGUACAAACACAAUAAGAACAGCUUAUGCAGACAUCCGUCGGUGCAGCCCAAGAUGAGAGCGGUCGUGCUGGACUGGCUCAUGGAGGUGUGCGAGUCGUACACACUUCACAGACAGACGUUCUAUCUAGCGCAGGAUUACUUCGACAGGUUCAUGUCGACUCAGAAUGACAUGCAGAAGGACCGUCUGCAGCUCGUAGGAAUCACGGCGCUUUUUGUCGCCUCCAAAAUGGAGGAAAUCUAUCCGCCGAGGAUCUCAGAGCUGGCGUUUGUGACCGACGGAGCCUGUCUGGAGGAGGACAUACUGCAGAUGGAGUUGAUCAUGUUAAAGGCAUUAAACUGGGAUCUGUAUCCAGAGACGGUUGUAUCCUGGAUGAAGCUCUACAUUCAGAUGGCAUCAGUAUACGACUUCACCGAUCCGUUAGUGCCGCAGUUCGCUCAGGGAACUUACAUUCAGAUUACACAGCUGUUGGAUUUGUGCAUCCUUGACAUCAAUUCUUUGGACUUUAAAUACGGAGUAUUAGCUGCGGCUGCCUUUUGUCACUUCACUUCUGUUGAUGAUGUAAAGAAAGUAUCAGGAUUAAGGUGGGAGGCCAUGGAGACGUGCGUGAACUGGAUGGCCCCAUUUGCGGAGACCGUGAUGUGCUACGAGAAGGCACAGCUGAAAGACUUUGUGAAAGUGUCGUGUGAGGACAGACACAACAUUCAGACACAUGUGGACUAUCUGUCCAUGCUGAAGGAAACUCAACAGAAGCAGUCUGAAAGUUUGAACCACAGUUUUCCACCAACACCACCCAGCAGCUCUGAGAAACCUAGUUAACAUCUGUAGAUCCGAACGACAGGGCCAGUGCUAGACUCCAUCUCAAGUUGUACAAGUGUAGUACAGCAGAGACUGUGUAUAUAGACUUCAAAAUGGAGUUUAAAAAACAAAUUCUGUUUUGAUUUUUGAAUAGCUUGAUAAUUUAUGUUAGUAAGAUGUAAUUUUCUUAGUUAGCAUUAAUAAAUUGUACCAAAAAAAAGCAGCCUGCUUAAGUCUGUAUAGUCUGUUUGUUUGAACUUAAAAACGUGAUUCCUGAAAUGUUUGAAUGCCCUGUCAAAUAUUGUUUUCCUCAUACAUUCGAUGUUUUAACUGUAUAUAAAUGUACACUAUAUUUACAACUC